AGCGGAGCCGUGUACAUGCCGGCAGAAGGCGAGCACCGCACCCUGUUGGAUGACGCUUACAGGUUGUUCAGUCUCGCCAACCCUCUGCACGCCGACGCCUUUCCAAGCGUCCGCCAAAUGGAAGCUGAGGUGGUGGCAAUCACGGCCGACCUGUUGGGGGGCGGGCCGAACGGAUCUAACCCCAAGGUGUGCGGCGCCAUGACCUCUGGCGGCACGGAGAGCAUUCUAUCCGCCGUGAAGGCCAGCCGGGAUUACAUGGCGGAGCAGAAGGGGAUCAGGGAUCCAGAAAUGAUCAUUGGCGUUUCGGCACAUGCAGCGUACUGGAAGGCCGCAGAGUACUUCAAAAUCAAGCUGCACGUGGUGCCGGUGCGCCAUGACUUUCGCCUUUCCGCUGCCACCGUCCGCCGCUACAUGAACCGCAACACUGCCAUCCUAGUGGCCUCCGCGCCGGGCUUUCCACAUGGCCUGGUGGACGAUGUUAAGGGGAUUGCCAAGCUCGCCGCGCGUGCGGGCAUCUGCUGCCAUGUGGACGCUUGCCUGGGCGGCUACUGCUUGCCCUUCGUCCGACGUCUGGGAGGCCGAGUGCCUCCAUUUGACUUCAGUGUGCCGGGCGUAACCUCCAUGUCGGUGGACACACACAAAUUUGGGCAGGCACACAAGGGCACCAGCGUCGUGCUCUACUGCAGCCCCGAGCUGCGUGCGCACCAGUACACACGCAUUACCGACUGGACCGGCGGCCUAUACAUCUCCCCAGGCCUGGCCGGCAGCCGCCCAGGUGCGCUCAUCGCCACCGCUUGGGCAUCGCUGGUGCACCUGGGCGAAGAGGGCCUUAUGGAGGCCACCCGCCGCAUCAUGGCUGCACGCGAUACUCUCAUUGCCGGCAUCGGCUCGCAAGUUCCCCAGCUGGAAGUCAUUGGUGAGCCGGAGAUGGGUGUAGUGGCGUUCCGCAGUCGCGUCAUCAAUAUUUACGUGCUGAACGAUUGGCUGGCAGCACGCGGCUGGCACCUAAAUGCGCUACAGGCGCCGCCGGCGCUGCAUUUCUGCUUCACGGCCAUGAACGCUGCGGCGGCGCCAGCGCUGGUGUCGGCGCUGAAGCAGGGCGUGAACGAGCAGCUAGCGAAUCCGCGGGCUGCAGCGGACGCAGCACGGCACGGGUCGGCACCUUUGUACGGCAUGGCGAACGUGACGCCGGAUCGAGGAAUGGUGGCGGAUUUCUUGGUGGCUUACCAGGACGUCAUGCUGAUGCCGUGA